ACUUGAAACCCGGAUGUCUACAUAGCGGUUGAGCGUCAUCCACAUCGGUGUGCUCUAAAUCGUAAUUUUAAACGGCGUGUUUUCUAAGCUGAACACAUUUUGCGAACGCAGGCGAAACGAUAUCGCACGCAUUUCGACUAGAAGAACCAUGCCUCAAUACAAGCUGACAUACUUUGACGGUCGUGGUCGCGCCGAGGUGACCAGGCUACUGUUUGCUGUGGCUGGGGUGAACUUCCAGGAUAACAGGAUUGGGGUGUCCAUACCACCACAACCUUCACAACUCCCAAUCUGGCUGGAUAUGAAACCAAACACCCCUUUCGGUCAGUUACCUUUGCUGGAAUUUGAUGGGAAGCUGAUAGCCCAGAGCCAUGCCAUUGAGAGGUACUUGGCCAGAGAAUUUGGGUUGUACGGUGAGGGUAACUAUGAGAUGGCCCUAACGGACAUGUGGAUUGACUCCUUUGAAGAGUUAAUAUCGCCCAUAAUCCAGUACAACUUUGGUCCCGGCGGUGACACAGAGAAGGCUGAGCAGAAAAAGAAGUAUUUGGAGACAACUUUACCGACAUAUUUCAAAAAAUUAGAGACCGAUCUUGGGAACAACUCCUCGGGUUAUCUUGUGGGAAAAGGCCUGACGGUGGGAGAUCUGUACGUGUUAAAACAUAAUGAGUGGGUGAUGGUGUCCUUUGGAGAGGAAGGACAAAUGGCAGUGAAGAAAUAUCCCAAUGUUCAGGCGCACAUCAAGCGGAUAUCUGCCUUACCCAAAGUAGCUGCAUGGCUGGAAAAGCGACCCCAAAACAAGUUUUAACCAAGAGUGGUAGUAACCAAAACCAGAAUGCACCCCAACUCCGAAAAAUAGGAAAAUGUUUUAUUGAACAUACAUGACGUUGGAUUUUGGACGUUAGGCAAAUAAACAUUUAAUAUCUUACAAUA